GAUCUAAACAGAACGUCAGUCUUCCAUAGCCCUUUUGGAUUUCUUGAUCUCCAGACAAUGCUGCUGGAUGAAUAUCAAGAGAGACUCUUCGUGGGAGGCAAGGAUCUUGUGUAUUCCCUCAGCUUAGAACGCAUCGGCAGUAACUAUAGAGAGAUACACUGGCCAAGUACAGCAGUAAAAACAGAAGAAUGCAUAAUGAAAGGAAAAGAUGCCAGUGAGUGUGCAAAUUAUGUUCGGGUUUUGCAUCACUAUAAUAGGACGCACCUUCUGACCUGCGGUACUGGAGCUUUUGACCCCCUUUGUGCCUUCAUCAGAGUUGGAUACCAUUUAGAGGAUCCCCUUUUUCACCUGGAAUCACACAGAUCUGAGAGAGGAAGGGGCAGAUGUCCUUUUGAUGCCAGCUCCUCAUUCAUCUCCACUUUAAUUGGUAGUGAAUUGUUUGCUGGACUCUACAGUGACUACUGGGGCAGAGACGCUGCCAUUUUCAGGAGCCUGGGGCGACUGGCCCAUAUCCGCACUGAACACGAUGACGAGCGCCUGUUGAAAGAACCAAAAUUUGUAGGUUCGUACAUGAUCCCUGACAAUGAAGACCGAGAUGACAACAAAGUGUAUUUCUUUUUUACGGAGAAGGCCCUGGAGGCAGAAAACAAUGCCCAGGCAAUUUACACCAGAGUGGGGCGACUCUGCGUGAACGAUGUAGGAGGACAGAGAAUCCUAGUGAACAAGUGGAGUACUUUCCUGAAAGCUAGACUGGUUUGCUCAGUACCAGGAAUGAAUGGAAUUGAUACGUAUUUUGAUGAAUUAGAGGAUGUUUUUUUGCUGCAUACCAGAGAUCAUAAGAACCCAGUGAUAUUUGGACUCUUCAACACUACCAGUAAUAUAUUUAGAGGGCAUGCUAUAUGUGUCUAUCACAUGUCCAGUAUCCGGGCAGCCUUUAAUGGACCAUAUGCACAUAAGGAAGGACCUGAAUACCACUGGUCACUCUAUGAAGGAAAAGUCCCUUAUCCAAGACCUGGUUCUUGUGCCAGCAAGGUGAAUGGAGGGAGGUACGGAACCACCAAAGACUACCCCGAUGAUGCCAUCAGAUUUGCCAGAAGCCAUCCACUUAUGCACCAGCCCAUAAAACCUGCCCAUAAAAAACCAAUACUGGUGAAAACAGAUGGAAAGUAUAACCUGAAACAAAUAGCAGUGGAUCGAGUGGAAGCCGAGGAUGGCCAAUAUGAUGUCUUGUUCAUUGGGACAGAUAAUGGAAUUGUGCUGAAAGUAAUCACGAUUUACAACCAAGAAACAGAAUCAAUGGAAGAAGUAAUUCUAGAAGAACUUCAGAUAUUCAAGGAUCCAGUUCCGAUUAUUUCUAUGGAGAUUUCAUCAAAGAGACAACAGCUCUAUAUUGGAUCUGCUUUUGCCGUGGCCCAAGUCAGAUUCCAUCAGUGUGACAUGUAUGGAACUGCUUGUGCAGACUGCUGCCUGGCUCGAGACCCUUACUGCGCCUGGGAUGGCAUAUCCUGCUCCCGGUAUUACCCAACAGGCACACAUGCAAAACGGCGGUUCCGCAGACAAGAUGUUCGGCAUGGAAAUGCAGCUCAGCAGUGCUUUGGACAGCAGUUUGUCGGGGAUGUUUUGGAUAAGACUGAGGAGCGAUUGGCCUAUGGCGUAGAGAACAACAGUACUUUGCUGGAAUGUACCCCGCGAUCUUUACAAGCAAAAGUUAUCUGGUUUGUGCAGAAAGGACACGACACAAGAAGAGAGGAGGUGAAGACAGAUGACAGAAUGGUUAAGAUGGACCUCGGUUUACUCUUCCUGAGGGUACGCAAAGUGGACGCUGGGACCUAUUUUUGCCAGACAGUAGAACACAGUUUCGUCCAUACAAUCCGUAAAAUCACCCUGGAGGUUGUGGAAGAGGAGAGAGUGGAGGAAAUGUUUACCAAAGACUACGAAGAGGACGGGCCUCACAAGACGCCUUGUCCUGUUCAGAGCAGCAUCCCACAUGGGACCAAACCCUGGUACAAGGAAUUCUUGCAGCUGAUUGGUUAUAGCAACUUCCAGAGAGUAGAAGAAUACUGUGAAAAGGUAUGGUGCACGGAUAAAAAGAGAAAAAAGCUUAAAAUGUCCCCUUCCAAGUGGAAGUAUGCCAACCCACAGGAAAAAAAGCUCCGUCCCAAAGCAGAGCAUUAUCGCCUGCCUAGGCAUGUGCUGGACUCCUGAUGGGGCGAAACCAGCUACUGGCUUCUGAAGAAUUUAUAUUUAGAAACCAAAAAAAAAAAAGCGAAAGAGAAACCAUCCACCUUCUUUGCAUUACUUAAAAGAGAUUUCUGUAAUACAGAAAGGACUAUAAAGGUGUUAUGAUAAAUUAUUCUAUAUACUCAUUUGA